UUUGCUGUGCACCUCGACAAGUUGGAAGGAUUUUCCUUAAUUCCUCUGUACUCCCUUUGAAUAUAUGAUUUUAGCCACCAUCAUAGCAAACUGCAUUGUCCUUGCCCUGGAGCAGCACCUGCCUGACGAUGACAAGACCCCCAUGUCUGAACGACUGGAUGACACAGAACCAUACUUCAUUGGAAUUUUUUGUUUCGAGGCCGGCAUUAAAAUCAUCGCCCUCGGGUUUGCCUUCCAUAAAGGCUCUUACUUAAGGAAUGGUUGGAAUGUGAUGGACUUCGUGGUGGUGCUAACAGGGCAUCUUUGGAGGCCGCCCAGAGAAUUUCAGGACAGAAACUCUGGCGUCAGGAACAGAGGCAGGGAGGAAGCCUAAGACUCUCAAAGUCCAGCACUGGCCGGUGCUGCUUUUCUUUGCUGCAGGUUGGAAUCCCAAGGAUGUUAGGUACAACCAUUAUAAGAUUGGGUGGACAGGAGGGAUCAGCCUGAGAGGUCUUUGUCAACUGGACUGAUGAGUUUUGAUUCAUAGGAAAUAGCCCUGGAUGUUUCCAAAGCGGAAACUGCAAAGUGUGUAGCAGAAUUGCAUCUUCUGCGAAUCUGACUUUACACAAAAUCAUUGUUAUGUAAUUGGCACACAUCUAAAAAGAAACCGGGUGAAUAUAAUAAUGAAAGAGUGAGGUCAUUUCUUUUUUUUUUUUCUUUUACCACUAAAAUUUUUUUGUUAUAAAAUAAAAUC